AGGAGCGGAGUAUUUGCUGGCAGCAGCUGCUGCUGUUGGUACAGUGAACUGCUGGUGGUGGUGAUGUGGAUGAAGUAACGGUGUUUAGUUCACUAGCACUGGGUGGGAAAUGGCAAGAUAUUACUCGUUAUUUUUAAUAGACAUUUCAACAUUGUAAUUGGUUGCAUCGCUUCUUAAAAUCGUGUUCAGUUUCUUUGCUUUGACUUUACGGGGAGAAACCACAGGCUAGCUAGCGCCAGGCUAAGAAAGCUAGCUAACGUUAGCUAGCAGCGCUCGGCGUAGUUAACGCUCAGCUGCCGACACUUUGCAGCUUCAUAAAAAGAAGCAAGUUUCCGCGAUUCAACGAUGCAGUGACUAUAUAAGUGGCUGACUGUUGUCUGAAGGUUAGCGCUUUGCCAAGUAACUUUUUGAGCUCCCAAAGGUUUGCAGUCGACUUGAGAUGAUGAGCUAAAUUGAUGCUUGGAUUCAAACCAGCGCAGAUCAAACAACUGCAGAGGAGAUGAGUCAACUUUGGCGGCGAGACAUACCCCUUUCCCAGAGGUUGGGAAAUGACUCUCCAGUCGGCCUCGCCCCGGGGUCCCCAGCCACUGUGGCCCCACAAGGAUCCAACUCGUCCAUGGCACCCGAAGCCCCAGUGGUCACACCAGAAGAGCCCAUUUUCCUCAUGACCUCCACUGCCCAAACUAUAUCGGGGUUUUUUGUUUGGACAGCUCUUCUAAUCACAUGUCAUCAGAUUUACAUGCACCUACGUUACUACAGUUCUCCAAAUGAACAGAGGCACAUAGUCAGGAUCCUCUUCAUAGUCCCCAUCUAUGCCUUUGACUCUUGGCUCAGCCUUCUUUUCUUCACCAACGAGGAGUAUUAUGUGUACUUUGACACGGUCCGAGACUGCUAUGAAGCCUUUGUCAUCUACAACUUCCUAAGCCUGUGUUAUGAGUAUCUGGGCGGAGAGAGUGCUAUCAUGGCCGAGAUCAGAGGGAAACCUAUUGAGUCGAGCUGUAUGUAUGGGACCUGUUGUCUGUGGGGAAAGACCUACUCCAUUGGUUUCCUCAGGUUUUGCAAACAGGCAACUCUCCAGUUCUGUGUGGUGAAACCUCUGAUGGCAGUGAUCACUGUUAUUCUUCAGGCCUUUGGGAAAUACAGAGAUGGAGACUUCAAUGUGGCGAGUGGCUACCUGUAUGUGACCAUCAUCUAUAACAUCUCCGUCAGUCUGUCGCUCUACGCUCUCUUCCUCUUCUACUUCGCCACACGUGAAUUGCUUGUCCCAUACAGCCCCGUGCUCAAGUUCUUCAUGGUCAAGUCAGUCAUCUUUCUCUCCUUCUGGCAGGGGAUGCUGCUGGCCAUCCUGGAGAAGUGCGGAGCCAUCCCUCAGAUCAGCUCUGCUGACUUCUCAGUGGGCGAGGGAACAGUUGCUGCUGGUUACCAAAACUUCAUCAUCUGCAUUGAGAUGUUCUUUGCUGCUGUUGCUUUGCGCCAUGCAUUCACAUACAAAGUCUACAUGGAUAAAAGACUGGACUCAUAUGGCUCAUUUCCUAUCUAUGGACAGUACGGUCGCUGUGCCCCCAUGAAGAGCAUCUCCAGCAGCCUGAAAGAGACCAUGAAUCCAGGGGACAUGGUCCAGGAUGCCAUCCAUAAUUUCUCCCCGGCUUAUCAGCAGUACACCCAGCAGUCCACGCUGGAGCGAAGUGGGGGACCACCCCUCUCACGCAGCCACAGUAACCUCAGCACCCGCGGGGACAACGAAAAGACCCUCCUGCUCAGCUCAGAUGACGAGUUCUGAGACUCAGACACACACUCAGAAGGUCACUUUACUCCCGCAGCCUAUAUUGAAUUUUUAGCAGCUGUUUGAGACAAAUCUGAUCUUUUGUUUCAACCUGAACAUAGAAGAUCAGAUUCUGUUUUUGGGGGUUUUCUUUUUCACAUUUAGAUGGCAGUGAAAGAUCAGAUUCAUGUCAGACUUAUGAAAUUGUGGUUAGCAAACUGCAGGAGGGGGGAGUUUUACAAGGAAAUAAGAAGAGGAAGACGACAUAAAGACGACAGACAUGUUGUUAGAAGUGGGGGGGGCAUUUGUGUUGAUGUCAUAGAGGCCAUUACUGUCAGAAAUACAAUAUCUACAUUUAUUUGUUGAAUAUGGAUCAGUACAAAUAACUGUGCCUGCAUACAUACAGCAUCCUUAUGCUGCACUUUAGACACCACAGGAAAAAAAACAUGUCAGAAAAAAGUUGUAUGAGGAAAGGAAAUAAGUGCCAUCUUCAUCAGAAACACACAACCUCCAUUCUUUAGUUUUUAUGUUCAUUUUUAACGCAUACUCCUCCUCACCCCUCUGCCAACUCUGCCUCUUAAUGAAACAUUGCCAAAUAGAGGGAGCAGUGCAGUGUGCUUCAGUUAAUGAGACACACUCUCUUAAGAUUUAGAGCUGAUUUAUAGUCUAGAAAACUAAGGGGCCUUUGACUUGCAGGGCUUCACUUUAAUAUAUAAGAAUUUAAUCACAAAUCAUUUCUUUAUUUAAAUGUUGUAUGACCUUGGAGGUUUAACUCAUGUAAAGACUUGUGUGUUGGAAAUUGUUAUUCCAGAAAAGUUCUAAAUAUUCUGUGUAUGUUUUUAUUUUGUUGUGGGUUCAUAUGAACAAGUGAAUCAAAAGUGUAUUAGCGUGGCUGUCGGCCCGACUCGAGCUCCUUGCACAAUGUUAUUGUUUGUGGAGCAGCGAGAGAACAGCUGUAGGAGAGAUUUUAGUGUGGGCAGAGGGACUGACGGAAGGACAACACCCACACAGAUUACAGAUUACUGAAGAAGCAGCACUGCCCUGCAGAGCUGGCCCAGCUGUGAUGUGCUGUAGAUUGUAUUCCCAUAAUUAAGGGCAUUACAGGCAGCACAGAUCAGGCCUGCCUCUGCUGGUGCUGUUUGUAAUGACAUCACUGCUAUAGUAGUCAUGAGUGAGUCAGGACAUAGGUCACCAGAGACAGAUAAGUGACAUGUAGGGACAUGUCAGUGCAAAUAAGGCUUUAAACCUGACUGUACUUACAUCCUGAAUAGGAAUAUAUGGGCAUUAAAAUUUGGUAUGAAAGACGAGUGUUUUGGUGCAGUUAGAAAAUAUAUAUGUUAAAGGAACUCACUACAGCAGAAAACAUAGAUGGAUGGUGGAAGAAUAGGGAGUGGAAAAGCCUCAAAUGAGGCAAAACUUUUGGGCCCACCUGCCAUCUUAUUGUUCCUCUUGUUCCUCUGUAUUUGAGUUUGUUAUUAAUGCUGUCAUCGGCUGCUGUUUAAUAUGUGUUUUAGCAGCAGCUGGUAUAGAAGUUGCCUGUGGUCGUGAUCAUUAAUAUUUGUUGGCGGAGCACAGCAGUGUAAAGAGUAGACCCUUUGCACAGGUAACAUAAGGCCCAGCGCUGACUCUAAAUGUGCGUUUUUCAUUCAUGUUGGGAGUAGAAGAUAUUACAGAUUGACUCAAGUCUAUUGACUGCAGGUAAACAUACAGUACAGUUCUUGUGAGUAAUGAAUGUAGUCAAGAUUAAAAUUAACAGGCAAAUGUAUGUGCAUCCUCAACAGUGUAAAUUCCAUUAGAAUGAAACUAGCAUCCACUACCAGCGGAUACAAAAGUUGGUUUCUGGCUGUGACUGCUAACCCAUGUCUCCUCCAAUCACUUCCUACACUCAGUAAUUAACGCAUCGCUUUUGUAUCCAUCUUUCUACUGAGCCUGCAGUGAUUCAGUUAAAGGCAAAGGUUGAGUGAAUUUAUUCUAUUAAUUUAACAUUAACUUAGUGGUAUUGAAAGAGUGAAAUUCACUGCCUUAUACUUUGCCCCUGGGUAACAGCAUAUCAAACUCAAGCUUCAAAACACUAUCAAAUGAUAGUUUUGAUACUAUGUGAUUUAAAAGCUGGAUAUUAUUCAUAAAGAUGAAUAUAUUAAACCAGGAAAUAUACCAGAAAGGAAAGAAUGUUGUAAAUAGAUUUAAAACUAAGCACUGCGAAACAUUCAUGAUGAUGACUGUACUGGCAUUGCUUGGUAUAGUGCUUUGUUUUAAUAUUUUUGUGUUUUAAUAUUUUAAUUUUCAUAUAUUCUCCUAUUUUAUUUCUGUUGUAUACUUUUUAAUUUGUAUAUUGGUAAUAUCUCAUGUUUUGAUGCUAUACUGGUUUCUGUUGGUGUUGAAAAGGAAAUAAAGACAAAUGGAAAUGAGA